CAAAUAAACAUUGAAUUGCUCAAAAAGAAAAUCCCCCAUUCUUCUCCAAAUGGAGCUAAAACUAUCCCUACUUUUGGUGAUAUGUCUGCUCACGGGAAUCACAGCAACCAAAUAUGAUGCAUUCACAUGCAACGGAUUCCAAAGGGGUGAGUUAUACCUGGAUGGCAUAGCAGAGAUCACACCCAAUGGCCUUCUGAGAUUAACCAACACUACAAAGAUCCACCAAGGUCAUGCAUUCCACCAAGAGCCACUACAUUUUAAGAACAUCUCAGAUGGUAAUGUUUACUCUUUCUCUGCUUGCUUUGUUUUUGCAAUACUCUCCGAAUAUCCAGAUUUUAGCGCCCAUGGACUUGCAUUUGUGCUCUCUCCAACAAAGGGGCUCCCUGGGGCUCUGCCCAGCCAAUACCUUGGUCUCUUCAACGCCAUAAAUAAUGGCAAUACAUCAGGUCACGUUUUUGCCGUUGAGCUAGACACCAUCUUCAGUACGGAGUUUGGAGAUGUUGAUGACAACCAUGUCGGAAUUGAUGUCAAUGGAUUACACUCAAUAGACGCUGCUCCAGCAUCAUAUUUCGUUGAGGAAAUUGGCAAGUUUAAGAACCUCAGCCUUAAAAGCGGGGAACCUAUGCAGGUGUGGAUAGAUUAUAGCAGUCCAGAGAAGAAGCUAAAUGUAACAAUAUCCCCCAUCUGUGUGCCCAAACCAAGCCAUCCAUUGUUGUCUUCCUUCAUUGAUCUCUCCUCCGUAUUAUUAGACACCAUGUAUAUUGGCUUCUCUUCGGCUACAGGCUCCAUCCUAACAUCCCAUUAUGUUCUGGGCUGGAGCUUUAAGAUGAAUGGGCAAGCAGCUGCCCUCAACCUGUCCAGCCUUCCUUCACUUCCUCUUAAAAAACAUAGAAGAAAACUAACACCUUUGAUAAUUUGGCUGUCCUUAGGAGUUGUGGUGUUCAUAGCUAUAACUGCCUGCUGUAUUGCUUACAUAACAAGAAGAAAGGCAAGAUAUGCCGAAGGAUUACUACCAAGCUUCUCAAGGUCUAGUGAACCACCAACCUAUGAUCUUCUUACAGCCCCAUUCUUUGAUAGAGCUGAAAAUCAUGGACAAAAGCUGAGUGAGGAAGAGUGUUCAGAUGCAACUCUGGUUUAUUGCAUUCCCUUGUCAUAUGCAGAUGAGCAUAUCCUUGUCAUUUUGACUGGUGCUAUAACCUCAAUGCUCUUGAUUGGAGAAGCAUAUCCUCCUUAA